AUGGAGAUUCAAUGCAGAUUGCAAAAGCAGCUUGAAACCUUAAGACUUGCGCAAAAUUACGCACUUAUCAGUGUGUUACCUCCAACGCAUUUGCAAAUCACAACCUUAAGGGAAGACGCGCUCGACUUUCGUCGCAACGCAAAUGGUGUUGCUCAAGUUUGGGGACGAAAUGUUCUAGGUGAAAAUUAUGCUCCGAAAAUUGACCCUCUGCGUUAUCACCGUACUUUCGCAGCAUCCGACAUAUUCAAGCGUAUGAAACGGGUCCUCAUCACCAAUUAUUUAAAUCUCCGAUUUCAUACUCGCUGUCCAUCACUUUCUGCUGACUGCUCUGCUUGGAACAUCGUUUCAGCAUCUGAGCAUCCAGGAGGGAAUUAUGCAGCUCUUUGUAGAAACCCUAUCGGAAAUGAUGAUUUUUUCAAGGGAUUGUGCGAGUUGAUGAUUGAUAUUUGCUUUCCUAUGUCCUAUUUGAUCCUGUUUAAGAAACUUAACUGCAGUGAAGUGCAACUGAACAAUCAUCCAUCUUGUAGACUUAGGUUUGGUUAUCUUUCGACCAGCGUGCUCAACCACCAAUUAUAG